AUGCCUAUCUUUCACCGUGCUUCAACCGUUAGCUCAUCCGGCUCUAGCCGUCACUCAUCAGGCUCGUUCCGUUCCUCUCGCAGCUCUAUGUCAUCCAGGUCCGGUUCCUCCUCAGUAGGAAGUAGUUGUCGACGAAGUCUACUUCAUCGCAACCCGGAGGAUCCAUCAAUACAAGCUGCUCGAGAACAGAUUGUUCGCGCGGAAGCCGCAGAGCGCCAGGCUGAUCAGGCAUUGAUUGCUUCCAGGAGAGCGGUCAAAGAUGCUAAAGAUCAUGCCAAACAUCUUGAACGUGAAGCCGCAAAAGAGGCCCGACUUGCCAAGAUCAAGCAGGACCAAGCGAAGUCAAUUUCCAAGAGAGCAAAGCCAUUGGGUCGUAAGUUCUCCCGGAUCUUACAAAAUCUUGCAGAUAUCUAA